UUGGUAUGUGUGCUGGCUGCGACCUUUUUAUCAUAAUAAUUGAGGAGUCAUAUAGCCUGAAUCUGACGUCACACGAUGCUCGUGAAUAACACCGGAGAGAGGCUCCAGAUCAAUCCAUUGUUCAAGUUCUACACAAAGAAAAUCGACACUAACACUGUGUGAAUACUGCAUACAGACGCCUUUAAGCAGUAUUUCCAUUGUACCAAAUGAAAUCAACGUAUGACGACGCUAUUCGUGAUAACAGGUUCUGUAAAGCCCAAUUGCUGUUUUUGAGGUCAAAGAGCGCCCUAGUGACCAAGCUUGGUGAACAGGUGCACUGGUGGACAUUGGUGCUUGGUGAGCGGACCUGAAUAUCGACAGAAGCAUAACCCUAUGCUGCACGUCCGAGUGGCCACCAACUAUGAAGACUACUACAGCCUUAUGGACGAUUUGUAAAAGCUUCAUCUCUACAUACAAAAAUUUGAUUCUUGGAGCCUUUUUCACGAAUAAAGUAACCAGCGCUCGGCACCUAGACUUCACCAUUGUCCGAUAUUCCCAGUUGUGGGAAGAUGGCCGAACUCUCCGCCGAGGACUCGGCGUUCAAGACGGCGAGGUGGUCCUGUCGAUUGCCGCUGCUGGCGAUAACGCCAUAGGUUUACUCUUGGACAACCCGAGUAAGGUUGUUGCAGUGGAUAUAUCACCCGCCCAGAUAGCUCUCGUCUCGCUGAAGAUUCACGCUAUCAAGCAUCUACCAUACGAAGAAUUCACUCAGCUUCUGGGAUUCCAACUUGAUGACGUCAUGAGUUCGUCGACAUCCGGUUUGUUGACCCGAGGUCAGAUAUACAAUAAAUUGCGGCCAUUCCUACCGGAUGAUACCAGGGAAUUCUGGGAUGCCAGGGCGGCCUUCAUAGACUCGGGCGUGAUGCAUUGUGGGAAGAUUGAGACGUUUUUUGAAUUGUUUCGAACAUGUGUCAGUGCAUUUGUCCACUCCAAGGAAACAAUUUCAAAGUUGCUUGGAAUCCCCAAAGUGAAGGACCAGCGAAGUUUCUUUAUGAAUGUUUGGGACACCGCGUUGUGGCGAUUUAUUCACCGUUUGGUCUUCUCUCGAAUGAUGUUGGGUCGGGCUCGAGACCCGUCUCUGGUAGACCACACCACGGUCAAAGACGUGUCAGAGUUUCUCCUUGAAAAGCAUGCAACAUGUUUGCAGGAGUUGCCCAUAUCUGACAACUUCUUCGAAGAAUAUGUACUGACAGGACAAAUCACAGGGAAAAACGGCCUCCCCGACUACCUGAAGAGAGAGAACUACACCCUCUUGCGACAGCGGGUUGACCGAAUACAGUUACUGCAUGCCGAUUUAUUUGUGUAUCUGGAUGAAGUCGCAGAUCGCAGUGAUCUGCGUUUUGACGCGUUCAAUCUAUCUGAUCUGUUUGAGUGGUUUCCUUUAGACGUAGCAGAAAACUUGUACAAGUCUUUGAUUCGAGUGUCUAACCCGGGAGCCAGACUCGCAUACUGGACUUUCUUGAACUGCAGACAUCGCCCGGACUCGCUGGCCGAUCGUCUUGUGCCACAAAUGGACCUCAGUCGAGAUCUUUACAAGGCAGAUCGUACCUGGUUUUACAGUGACUUCGUGGUUGAAAAAGUUCAAUAAGAUUUCCUUUUGUUUUGUACCCAACCUCUUAACUACAGGGGCUGAUUUCACAAAGCAAUAAAGCUCACCGCAAGACAAUUAAUUUCAUCGUUAUUAACGGAGUGAUUUGUGUUAUGACAUCACUACUUAGCAACUAUACUUGCAGUUCAGAUUAAUCUUAGUUCUUUGUGAAAUUGGCCCCGGUGUUAAAUUUUGCUA